AUGCCCGCCGGCGCCGCAGCAGCCGCCGCCGCCGACUCGCUGAAGCCCAGCGCCUUCAUCCCGGUGUGCACGGCCGCCUGCCUCCUGGUCGGCUCCACCUCCCUGUUCUUCGUCUUCACGUACCUGGUGUCGAGAGGACGCACCACAAAUGAACAAGUAACUGGGAAGUUUCAGGGUGGAGUAAAUCCCUUUACUCGAGGUUGCUGUAACAACCUGGAGUAUCUGGUCUGCAGUCCCAUCUCUCCAAAGUACACAGCACGGCCUCUCAUGAAAACAGCCGUCCAUGUUCAGCCCCCGUUCCUGAGGCCGGGAGUCAACAGGCAGAUGCCAGUGAAAGUCAGGGACAAUGGGAUAAAGAGUCAGGGUCUCCACAAUAAAAAAACCUCAGGAGAAGCUGUCGAGUUGUCCGACAUCAAGCACCAACCAUCAGGUCCACCACCACUGCCCCCGAAACCAGACCACGGCCUGCUGAAGAGCCAUCUAGCUGCCAUGGACGAGAUGGGACAUCACACCAAAACCAUCAUUCCUGUAUCCAUUCCAACUGUUCCACAGCUCCGCCCAGUCCUGGAGGCCAUAUCCAGAGGAUCAUCUCCCAUUCCCCCAGAGCAGUUGCUGAAGACAUCAGAGCAGCAGGUGAACAACAGAAGUCCUGACCUCCGCUCUGCGUCCAAAGAAAGUCCAAGAGGCAGCCACAGGGUGGGCCUGCCUGUCCAGCCUCCCCUCCACACCAGCACCGGCUCCAGCUCGCUGCAGCUCAGCUCUCUGACACUCAACUCCCGCUCUCUCACCCUCAAACACAGCCACCGCCACGGUGGCAAAUCCCAGCUACCUGACGGUCUGGGAUGCAAUCCUCCACUGGGCAUCAUCUCCUCCUCCAGCCUGCUGACCGGCCACAGCAGCAGCAGCAACAGCAGCCUCUCCUAUGAUAACGUCAUUAGCCCUGCAGACCCUCAGUUCCUGGCUCAGAGAGGGGCCCCUCCAGUCGGCUACCACGCUCACUUCAUGACACUGGGCGCAGACGGGACUGUGGUGCAGCGGCAUUCUCCUCACGCCUACAGCCCUGUGUUUAUGGGCGUCAACAGACAGUCUCCUCAACCUCGAGACCCCUCACCUUCUUUGCAGGGUUUCGCCUCAAGGGACGCCUCGCCCUCCUUCCAAGGUUUCAUACAGAGAGACCCCUCCCCUGCUUUUCAAGGGCUGAUGCCGAGAGACCUUUUAUCCCAAAGCAUAGCAUCACGAGACGUCCCCCCUCCAGGUCUGGCCAUGCGGGAUUUGACCUCUCACAGUCUUCGAGACAGCCUCCGUGAUCUGGGUCCUCAGGGUUUGACACCUCAGAAGUCGGCUGCUGCGCGCUACGACAGCCUCUCAAAAACCAUCAUGGCGUCUAUCCACGAGAGGCGGGAGAUGGAGGAGAGGGAGAGGAUGCUGCGUCUCCAGGCCCGAUCUCAGGCACUCUACGGCCCGGACAUGGGGAUCUAUGACAUCCCCAGCAGGCGGAGUCUGCCACCGGACAGCAUCCGACCUCCAGGCUCCCGGGGACCGACCCCUCCCGCUUACGGCUCCAGGGAGUUUCUGAUGAGCACUGGCAUUCUUGGUUACGGCAUGAGGACCUCACCCCUCUCCAGCUCCUCCACCUCGUCUCUAACUCGAGGCCCGAAAACCUCAAGCUCUCCCCUGCAGAGCAGCAGCAGCAGCAGCCUGCAGAGCAAAGGCAGAUCGUCCUCUCCGGCCUACUGCCCCCCUGACAGACAGACGCAAGCCCUCCCCUCCUCAACAGCCACCCUACCCCGUUUACCCUCCUCCUCCACCCCCUCCUACGCAUCGUAUGGCACCGCAAAACGAUCCUCACUUCCAUACUCCUCGGAGGGGAAGGACUCGGUCACCCUGGGAGCCCUGAAAUAAAAAAACAAGUCGUGAAUGAAUCAUCUAUGCAGUCUCAGUGUUCACAGCUCCAGAAUACUUUGUAAAUAAGAGGCCAUGUGAGACGUUGCUGUGUGGGAGGGCGUGUGAGAAGCAAGUGCACGGUGAAGGAUAAACUUAGACUUGUAAGUUUGACCAAAUGUGAAACAUGGUGAAUCUCAGGAUAGUUGUGCCUCCUCUUACAAACAGAGCGAGCUCUAUAAACUCGACCACAGCAGAAGAGCUGUGUGAAGAAUACAGAUGAACCUCUUCAGUUUGUAUGUGUUUUGAUAUUACUUUUGUGAAAUGAUAUAAUACCACUUUAUCU